GUUCAGUCCGCUGUUUGUGCGGAAAGACGCGCCCCCUGUGCGUAAAAAGGCAGGACCGACAGGACUCGUCCUCUGCUGCUCACCUGAAGCAGUGCAGCAGACAGACAGGCGGGCGGGCAGGUACACAGAGGAGUGGAGCCGGAAGAACAAGCAGGUCGACUUGUCCUGAUAGUAUUUUUUCCAAUAGUAACUCCAGUCGUUUCUGAGACAACUCUGCGCUCUACUUUAAAAAAAACCACACGAUUUAUUUAUGAAAGUGCAGAGGCAUCGGAGGAAACAUGACAGAGCAAAGAAAGAAGUUGAUUCUGAUCGUGGUGGAUAUUCUGUGUGUCUUUGUUGUUCAAUCCUCAGCUCCCAGGCCCGUCGCUGUGUAAACGUUGCACCGGUGUCAAAGGUCACGGCUGUCCUGGCCCGCGUGUUCCCAUGGUGACAGUCCAAAGAGUGACCGCGGCCCGUAGAGCGGCUCUCCCCUCGGCCAUCCUGACGCUGAGGUUCAGUCCAUACCAAAGAGGAAUCUACUGCGACGAUAAGAGCAUCCGCUACCCCUACAGAAAAGACACAAUCUCCCAUGGCGCCAUGGCUGCCGUCACGAUCACCUGCUCCAUUGUCAUUAUCACCUCCGGAGAGGCUUACCUUGUGCACAUAAAGCGUCUGCACUCCAACUCCCAGUUCAACCAGUACCUGUCAGCUCUUUAUAAAGUGGUGGGCACCUUCCUGUUUGGAGCAGCCGUCAGCCAAUCACUGACCGACAUGGCCAAGUUUAUUAUAGGUCGUCCUCGUCCAAACUUCUUGGCUGUGUGCGUCCCGGUCACCUGUGACGGAUACAUGCUGCAGAUCAACUGCACCGGCUACUCUCGCAAUGUGACUGAAUCCAGGUUGUCGUUCUACUCCGGCCACUCGUCCUUCGGGAUGUACUGCAUGCUCUUUCUGUCGCUCUACGUCCAGGCCCGAAUGCAGGGGAAGUGGACGCGACUUGUUCGACCGACCAUCCAGUUCUUCCUGGUGGCGUUCUCUCUGUAUGUAGGAUACACGCGUGUGUCUGACUACAAACAUCACUGGAGUGACGUCCUGGUGGGGCUGCUGCAGGGAGCCCUCAUCGCCGUGCUCACUGUCCGAUAUGUGUCCGACUUCUUCAAGCAGCGCCCCCCUCUCUGCACACACACAGAACCGGCAGAGAUCGAACACCUCGAACGCAAACCGAGCCCGCAGCCUCCCGACUCGCAGCACGGGAACCACUACAACUACUCUGGACCUGUAUAAGCUGCAGCUACUAUUACUAACCCGGGCCUACACUUUCUCCAUUACCAAAGGACCUGUGACUUGUACAGAACAACCCACAAUGCAGUAACCACUACCUAGGAAUCCAGACUAGACCUGCUCCACUCGGCGGCUUCCCAGCUAUGAAAACUCAAGAGAUUCCCUAAACCUGUUGGAACAGAAGCUCCGCCGUCUGUGUCUUUUUAGUUAGGUUUAGUUUAGUUUCGUUAGUUUUUUUGUUUUUUAUCCUGUUUUUGCGUUUAUGAGAAGCGUUUUAGAAUUCAUGCUGCGAGUUAAACCGAAAAGAGAGCAAAGACAUCUGUACAUUUCAGAAACGCCAGCCGGAGAUUUCUUUUCUGUCCUUGACAAAAAAACCUUGGAGGCUGAAUGUUUUCCAAAGUGUUGCUUUCUGCAGUCGGCUAAGACUUUUCUUUUUCUUUAAACCUACACUGGAGCUAGAUUAUAUCCGCCUGCCUCUGUUUUACUGUCUUUAGAAGAUGUGCAUGUGUAAUGGACUGCUCUAACUAUAUACCGGAGUUUGUAUAGACCUAACAACAAUUUUAUUUUGUUUAUAAUUACUGUAUCUAAUAAAUUGUAACUUUUUAAAGAAUGCAUUACCACUACUUUGCUGUGACGUAACAGCGCAACUCUUUUUGAGCUGGCAACUUGAUCUGGAUGUUUUUUCUUCACUCCGAUUUGGAAAAGGACGGCAAACAAUGGAAGACGUUAUCGGGGAGUAUUCACCCCAGAAACCACUCAUUGUUUUCUUGCCUGUAGAACCACAAUUUCCCCCCCCUCCUCUUUAUAACACGUGUAACCUAUUGUGAAACUGCACAUAAUGUAAUCGUUUCUUUCCUUCAGCCUGUCAGUUGUUUUGUCAUUUUUCUCCAUAAAUAUUAGCCAGCA